GCCUGGUGUGCAGCAAGAUGCCCAGGAGGUCAUGGCCUUCCUUCUUGAUGCCAUCCACGAGGACUUGAAUCGGAACCAUGGUCAACGUUCCGAGUGCAAGGCUCCACAAAGCUUCCACAGUGAGGACGCCUGCUGUGAAGAGCAUUUGGCUGCGCAG